GCGUUCGUUGAGUUCCCCUAAUCCGCUACCACCUCCAUCACACCCAACCAUAACAACCACCAGCCAGCCAGUCAGCCAGCCAACCAGCAAACAGCAUCAUGGGAAAGCUGCUGUCCAAAAUUUUCGGCAACAAGGAAAUGCGAAUCCUGAUGCUCGGUCUGGAUGCGGCCGGUAAAACAACCAUACUCUAUAAGCUUAAGCUAGGUCAAUCAGUAACGACAAUUCCAACGGUCGGGUUCAAUGUAGAAACCGUAACGUACAAGAACGUCAAAUUCAACGUGUGGGACGUUGGGGGGCAGGACAAAAUUAGACCCCUUUGGAGGCACUACUAUACGGGUACACAAGGGUUAAUAUUCGUAGUGGACUGUGCAGACCGCGACCGGAUAGACGAGGCGCGCCAGGAGCUCCAUCGGAUAAUAAAUGAUCGCGAAAUGCGGGACGCGAUCAUUCUGAUAUUUGCGAACAAACAGGACCUGCCAGAAGCAAUGAAGCCUCACGAGAUCCAGGAAAAGCUUGGUCUAACGCGGAUACGCGAUCGGAAUUGGUACGUGCAGCCGUCGUGCGCCACCACCGGGGACGGGCUCUACGAGGGUCUGACGUGGCUCACGUCCAACCACAAAUUAUGAGAAUAAUUGUAAACAAGAGGCGCGACGAUAUGGCGUGUGUCCUGUGCGAAAGGCUAACAAUAUCCAGCAACCAAACUGAUGAACUGCGUGCUAAGGCAGCGGCACGGAUCACAUACAUUGAGCAGAAGCGCGGCGGGCAGCGGAAUCCUUUUUUCCAGUACACACAUACACACGGCGCGAGCAUUACCCAUUAAAACUGUAGUAGAUCGCAAAAAUCCUCAAUGCUUGCGACCUUUAAUAGGAUUUGCGCCAAAACAAGAUCGAUUCCCCCACAUCAUUCAGUGGUAGCGCGGUUCUGUGUCGCGCACGGUGUGCGAAAAUGUUUCGGUAGCAACUAAUGGUUAUAAAUUAUCUAAUUCUAAUCUAUGGAAAAUGGCCUGACCGAGAGCAUAGAGUGUAGCGGCGAAAGUCGCGCUUCUCGUGGUACCCACAAACGGACGGUAUAUCGGACGAUCGGGAAUUGUGGAGCAGAGUACCUCCACACUUUAGCGAAACGUAGGAAAAGGCGAUAAAAAACAGAAAAAGAGCACUAUAAAAAUCAGUAACCUGAACACAGUUCUAUUAUUGGACGGUGAACAUCUCGGAGAUUGUUUGAUCGAUUGUCACCACAACGCAGCAGUAUAUCAGUAGAGAACACAAACCACCCCUCGAACAAGAAUGGCAAAUAGUUUAACUCACGUGUAGCACGAGUGCCAGCGAGGGGGGAACUAUUCGACCGUAAGCCGUGCCGUGCGCAGCGCCUAAAACAGUUUUCCGAAAUCCAUUCAAAAGUAGUACAACACUUCAAACAGAAACAUAAACGCAUCUCUUCACGUAAAGUUUGGACAGCUUGAGAUCGUUGAGAGAAGCAAACCCGUCGGUCUCCAAUCCAGUUGCUAAGACCUGAAGCAAUUAAAAGCGAUUUUUUAAAUAAAGUGCCCGAGCUAAUGGAAAAUAACACAAAUUUCAGCAGACAAACGGAACGAGAAACUGUAGUUCGGGAUGGAUCACGGAACGACAGAUCGAAAAUUGCUCUCCCGAGAUCGCACGCGGAUGAAAUUAGGUUUUUUUGCCGUAGAUAAAGUGUGGACACACUUUAAACAAUUAACAGAACAAAACGCAGCGUUGUGUGUGAGUCUCCCGCGGUAGCUCCAUUGGAAUCAGGGGCCACGUUCCCCAGAUACCCCUUCAUCGGGAAGAGUAGAACGAACCGGAAACAACACAAUGUUGCAGUGUAUAAAUCGAGGAAAAUAAGAAAAUAGUGGUGGCCCACGUUCCGUUGUUUCACGAGAAAGUAUGCCUAAGUUUAGUGUCGCGAGUGGUUGUUGCUAAAACAGAAAAUGGGUCCCACUCGAUCAGUCCCUGAGUUCUCUCGGUGUAUUGGUUGAAUUGGGAACUUAACAAUAUGAUGUUGCAUAGGGGCAUGGCCGCGAAAUGGAUGAGAACUAAACGAACGAUUGGCAAUUCGUUUGGCAUUCUCGCGCCGACUUUUGUUUUCCAAUCCUAUGUGGUUUGCUUGUGCGAAAAGAGUUUUUGUAAAUAUUAUUGUACGGUAAAAGAGUAAUAAAAAGCAGCAAAGCAACUAAUUGAUUAAAUGUAAGAAUAAAUGAAAUAAAUGAAAA